CUUUCAGUACGCAUUCCUGUAAUCAAUCACGCAUUCUUCUUCAUGAACUUGAACGAUAAGGGAAAGCCCAGACCUCUAGAGGACGAUGGGCUUUUCCGCGAAAGACUCGAGACAUUGUUUGACAAGCACCUGACGGACCUCCGGACUUUCGCUGAACGUGAGGCUCGUCCGCUCGAUGAGGUCCGGCGGUCUAUGUCAGAGCUGCAUUGCAAGUACCUGUUUGAUGCUUCGGUCUCCUCGAGGAGCACUGUGCAGGAACGCAUCCUUCACGUAUUGCGCACAACGUCUCGAACCUUUGAGUCUCUGCAGACAAUAGCAGGACUUCAAUCAUUCUUCCUAGUCGUGAACCCGACCGACCUUUCGGAUGAAGGAUUCCUUGGUGGAACUUUAUUGGGUCGUGAAUUCUGGAGGUGUCACAGAGGAUGCGGAACGGCAGGGGCAAAAGCUUUUCAACAUGAAUGUGUGAAGGCACUCCAGAUGAAAGCGCAAAGCUCUAUGCAUGGCAACAUGGAAGCUCUUCCUCCACUUGUUAAUGCGCCACAGCAAAAGAAGGGACCAGCCGGCACCUUAAAGGCGGAAGUGUAUUCUAGUGUACGCAACGCAAUACGCACUGCUUCGGGUAUCCGUAAUGCUGAGAUGAAGUGGAAGGAUCACUCGAAGCUGGAUGUUUAUGGCAUUCGCCUCGUAGGCUGGCCGACAGACGUCCCAAUGGAAAACCCGUCAUCGCUAUCUGUCGCACAGAACAAAGUAGUCCUGCAUGCACUGAACAGCGGAACUAUGCACUUUGUGCGCAUUACGGACAACUGCAGCGAAUCAGUCAUAUCGUCACCGCGACAGGAAGCAAUUGUGGACGAUAUGCUGGACUUUUCCUGGGUCUGCAAUGAUCCGGAGGAAUCGACAUCCAUAGAGCCAGGCAGCCUCACACGCGUCGACAAUUCUUCCACGAGUGAGAGUUCCCAGCACGGAACUGUCACUGCCGAGCUUCCUCAGGACUCAUCCGCUUUGAUGCACACGAAAGCUGUGGAAGACCUUCCUUCCCUGAGAAAAAGGCACAGGUCCGACAGUUCAGCGGUCUCAUAGCUGGUCCGUGCGCCCGCCGUUUGGCGUAGUUCUGGUCGAUUGGACAUUCCGUGACCAUGUAACAAUGUUUGUUAUGGUACCUAUACCCGUGCGCAUGUAUCGCGUAGUAGACAUCAUAUUGCUCGAAAUACAGCCGGU